AUGACGUGGCUAGAUGAGAUGGAUACAUUGGUCGAUAUUAGUGGGUGUGCUGAGCAAGAUGUUGUGAAGUAUGUUUCACAAUCGUUCAAGGGAGAAGCUCUAGCUUGGUGGAGGUCUUUAAUCCAAGCUACUAGAAAGAUUCCGUUAUACAACUUACCAUGGGCUCAAUUUGUUGCUUUGAUUAAGGAGAAUUUAUGUCCUCAACAUGAGGUUGAGAAGAUCGAGACCGACUUUCUGACAUUGGUUAUGAAGAACUUGGACUGCCAAGCAUAUCUCAUGAGUUUUAACACCAUGUCUCGAUUGGUUCCAUACUUGGUGAUACCGGAACCAAAACGUAUAGCCCGUUUCAUUGGGGGUUUAGCCCCGGAGAUAAAAGCUAGUGUGAAAGCCUCUCGCCCUACUACAUUUAGGUCAGUAGCUGAAUUGUCAUUAUCUCUUACCCUUGAUGCGGUCAGGAAGAGAUCGCUUAGGAAUUCUGAUGCUGGAAAGAGAAAACGUGGGGAUGAUAACUCACACCAUUCAGAAGAGAAGCACAAAGGGAACUAUGAUCACAAGAAGAGUUCAGGGUUCAAGAAAGAGGACCAACAGUCGGGUGAGAAGCCCAAAUGCAAGAUCUACAAGAAGGGUCAUCUAGGAAAGUGCAGGUAUGAAUCAAAAUCCCAAUCACAGCUUAGGGCUUGUGGGAUCUGUAAGUCUUCUGAGCAUAAGACGUUGGAUUGUAAGAAGAUUAAGGAUGCAACUUGUUACAACUGUAACGAGAAGGGGCAUAUCAAGUCUAACUGCCCAAAGUAUGUCAAGAAACCUGAGGAAAGCAAGAAGGCCAAUGCUAGGGUCUUUCAGAUGAAUGCAUAG